AUGCCGUCCAGCAGGAGGACCAACCGCGGCUCAGACACGGAGCUCGUUUGGGCCUCCUCAGUCCAGGAAUUCAAGGGGUCUUUCCAAUUUGUGCAACCGAAGAAGCCCCCCGGCAGGGACAGACGCGAUCGCCGUGCUCGGGGAUCCAGCGAAGACGACGAAGGAGAGGCAAAGGAGGGCGAGACAAACCAGGAUACCGCAGAGAAACAAGCGACCGGUGAAGGCAUCGUGGAGUCGUUCAUCGACGAGGAACUGCGGGCUGGGGGUCCUUUCCUGUGUCCGUUGCCUGCCACAUUCAGGUCGUUGUCGGACCAGGUGAGCCGAUAUGAUGAUAUCUUCAACGACGACGGGAUGAGAGAGGCUGUUGAAGCAAUCAUCAAAGAGCAUGGGAUUCAGCGCAAGACCUGGGGCGUGGGACUACGGAGGGCAGACUGGUUUCCCGAAGACGACCCGAUCGUCACCCUGCUUAUUGAAGCCACAAAGACGGCGGUGGAAGACAAAUGGGUUGAGCUAUCCAAAGCCUUACGCAGGUUCCUGAUUAUGCGGGGGUUUCCAGAUGCGAGCGUUGAAAUAAUUGACCCUCGCGCGAUGCUCCCUCGAUUUACUCACCCCCUCCUACGCAGUGAUCAACUGUUUCCACUCUGGGACCAAAUUCUGUCCAUCAUCCUUGACUCUAUAGAUCUCACAGACAUCACUGUGAUCUCCUGUUGGCGGUAUGGUGUUUCCUCAACCACAGAAGAGAAUCCUCCAACAAUCAUUGUCACUGUGAAGCGUGACUCAAUCAGGACGUGGAAGCCCCUUCGAGAGAUGAUAGUGAGUAUUCUAGAUACUCACUAUCUUGAUGAUGUCUCAGUCAAUAUUGAGAAGGGUAGUGUGUUUCAGUGUAUUAGCAAGGCGGACGUUCGUCUUCCAACAUCCCUAUGGCAACAGGCAAAGGCCUUACCUGGUGUCAGCCUUGGUAACACCCUGAACACAGAUUCUUCGGGCACCUUUGGGGGGUAUAUUGAACUUCAGAAUAAGAAGGGUGAAUGGGUUCGCUUUGGGCUGACAUGUUACCACGUCGCCCUUGCGGCUGAUAAGGCUCUAGACGAUAAAAAUAAGCAGGUUCAGGGCGGUUGGCACAUCAAGGGGAUUGAAUGGGAGAACCAUUCUGCGAAACAGAUACUCACUCUACAACAGGCAAGCUACCAAGACCUACAUGAUGAGAAGGAAGCUCUUCAAGAGCGCAUUCAUGAGAUCACUAACCCUGAGUUCCUUGAAAGCCGCGCUCUGGCAGCAAAGGGAGAGCUCUUCCCGCCCUUCAAGAAGGUCUAUGAACAUCAAGAAUAUAAUCUGCACAAAGAGGAGACCACCCUAACCCAGAUGGAUACCUUGGAAGAGCGGCUAAUUGGUUAUACUAUAUGUGCAUCAGGCUUUCGACGCAAGUUGAUCCCCGGCAGUAAGGAUUUUAUGCACCUUGACUGGGCGCUCCUUAUGAUGGAUAAGCAGCGUAUGGGAACCAACAGGGUAGAUGCAUAUGGAGCACCCCGCUUCAGUCUACCAGACGUCACUAUCGGCCAGCCAGUCCAGCCAGAGCAUGGAAUGCCCGUUUAUAAGAUGGGGCGAUCAACUGAGUGGACUAUGGGCAUCUAUAAUGGUCUCAAGGCUGCAUAUAUCGAUACAAUCAAUGAGAAGGACGAGACGACACAGGUUUCAACGCAUGAAGCUGUUGUGUGUGGAGUCAAGGGUAGAGAGUUUGCGGACAAAGGCGAUUCGGGAAGCUUUGUGUUCACCACGAAUAUGCGGUUUGUCGGCAUGAUUUCCGCAGGAAAUGGCAAGGGGAACGGAUACAUCACUUUGGCAUCUCAUCUAUUUGAAGAUAUCAUGGCAAGCACAGGAGCUGUUGCUGCUCGUCUCCCACUGGACUAAGCAGCGCAGUCUUUUUUUGGCCUAUCUGCAGACUCUAUCUUCCCAAUAGCAGUUGACCCCUGCAUGAUGUCUUAAUCUAAUAUCUUUCGACUGGACUCUCCUCGUUGCUAUUUAUGGACUCUACCCUUUAUAGUGAGAAGAGAGCGACUCAUACUCGAUCGAAGGUCUCUAGUAUGUUAGAAUAUAGA